AUGGCGAAAAAUUUCUGUUUCCUGAAUACUUCAAUCUUAUUCUGUCUCCAAUUAGUUGACGGUGGUUGGUCCGACUGGGGAUCAUGGUCUGUUUGUAGCGUGACGUGUGGAGUCGGGACGGAGACUCGGGACAGAACCUGCACCAACCCUGCACCAGAGAACGGAGGGGCAGACUGUGACGGACCUGCUCAGGAGACACAGGCCUGUGACACGGGAGUGUCUUGUCCAGUUGACGGUGGCUGGUCCGACUGGGGCCCAUGGUCUACCUGCAGCGUGACGUGUGGAGUCGGGACAGAGACUCGGGACAGAACCUGCACCAACCCUGCACCAGAGAACGGUGGGGCAGACUGUGACGGACCUGCUCAGGAGACACAGGAAUGUGACACGGGGGUGUCGUGUCCAGUUAACGGUGGUUGGUCCGACUGGGGCCCAUGGUCUGGCUGCAACGUGACGUGUGGAGUCGGGACGGAGACUCGGGACAGAACCUGCACCAACCCUGCACCAGCGAACGGUGGGGCAGACUGUGACGGACCUGCUCAGGAGACACAGGCCUGUGACACGGGGUUGUCUUGUCCAGUUGACGGUGGUUGGUCCGACUGGGGCCCAUGGUCUGUUUGUAGUGUGACGUGUGGAGUCGGGACGGAGACUCGGGACAGAACCUGCACCAACCCUGCACCAGCGAACGGUGGGGCAGACUGUGACGGACCUGCUCAGGAGACACAGGCAUGUGACACGGGGUUGUCUUGUCCAGUUGACGGUGGUUGGUCCGACUGGGGCCCAUGGUCUAACUGUAGCUUGACGUGUGGUGUCGGGACGGAGACUCGGGACAGAACCUGCACCAACCCUGCACCUGCGAACGGUGGGGCAGACUGUGACGGACCUGCUCAGGAGACACAGACAUGUGACACGGGAGUGUCAUGUCCAGUUGACGGUGGUUGGUCCGACUGGGGCCCAUGGUCUGGCUGCAGCGUGACGUGUGGAGUCGGGACGGAGACUCGGGACAGAACCUGCACCAACCCUGCACCAGAGAACGGAGGGGCAGACUGUGACGGACCUGCUCAGGAGACACAGGCCUGUGACACGGGAGUGUCUUGUCCAGUUGACGGUGGUUGGUCCGACUGGGGCCCAUGGUCUGGCUGCAACGUGACGUGUGGAGUCGGGACGGAGACUCGGGACAGAACCUGCACCAACCCUGCACCAGAGAACGGUGGGGCAGACUGUGACGGACCUGCUCAGGAGACACAGGCAUGUGACACGGGAAUUUCUUGUCCAGUUGACGGUGGUUGGUCCAAGUGGGGUCCAUGGUCAAACUGCAGCGUGACGUGUGGAGUCGGGACGGAGACUCGGGAUAGAACCUGCACCAACCCUGCACCAGCGAACGGAGGGGCAGACUGUGACGGACCUGCUCAGGAGACACAGGAAUGUGACACGGGGGUGUCGUGUCCAGUUGACGGUGGUUGGUCAAAUUGGGGCCCAUGGUCUGGCUGCAGUGUAACGUGUGGGGUCGGUACGGAGACUCGGGACAGAACCUGCACCAAUCCUGCACCAGCGAACGGAGGGGCAGACUGUGAUGGACCCGCUCGGGAGACACGAAAGUGUAACACAGGGGUGACUUGUAUAGAUUGUUCCGACCUCUACCCUGGCCUGCGCCCAGCCAUGACCUUUGGCAGGUACCAGAACCAGUGCUUCUGGUCCUCCACUAGGAGCAACCGACGUCUGAACUACAUGGCGGCCCGGCAGGUGUGCAGGUCCCAUGGCGGGACACUGGCUAUGAUCAAAAAUGCUGAUGUGCAGACAUUCCUCACUGAACACCUGAAGAGAGUUAACGGUCGUAGAGCCCAGAGGUCUUACUGGAUGGGCCUGGAUGACCUGACCAUUGAGCGUAGUUUCGUGUGGAAUGACGGCACUUUACUGGGAAGCUAUCGCAAGUUCCGGUCCAGAAACGCCCCUCACAAGGACUGUGUGGCACUGUGGAGGACCAGCAGACUGAGUCGCUGGAUCCCAUCAAAAUGCAGGAAACGACUGCCCUACAUCUGUCAGAUGGGUGAGCAACAAGUGUCGAAAUACACAUAA